AUGUCAGAGGUUACAUCCACCAACGUUACCGUUACGUGGCUUAUACAUUGGGCGUUAAGUGAAUGUACCGAUGCGAUUUCUACAUCUUUCGUCGCUGUAUUACUAAUGGAUGACCGAGACAACAGCAACAACAUAAACGAGAAAUCAUAUCUUCAGACCAAGCGUCAUACAAAAUCGAUGAAAUGUUGGUUUGGCUUGAUCGGAGGUUACAAUGUCUUCACUAUAUUUUCGACAAUUUUGGGUCUUAUCAAAUACAACGAUAACGGAUCAAAAGCUCUGUCCAUUUAUUUGACACAAAAUUUAUUCGGAAUUCUUGUAGUUGUAUUUACACAGAUUACAAUUUUUCGAUUUACAGUUUAUCCUUCGUCUUCGUCAACUAUCACAAACAGUGAUGACAACCUUUUAUUGAAAAACCAUCAGCACAGCGCAAAUCCCGAAAAAGUAUCCAUCAUCAUUUGGUACAUGUUAAUAACAGGGUUUUUAUUAUUGCUAUUUCUCGCUUUCUACGUCAACUGUCUGUUCGAUAUGGAUUUAGAAAAAAAAUGGAAUGUGAUAAGCGAAUGUGGUUUUGUCAUUUAUGGUCUGGUUUUUACGGUGAUGGCUUUGUCGCCGCCUAAAUGGGUUAUUGAAAUAUUAAGAGAACUGGUUUUAUCGCAGAGAAGCGGUGAUAAUGAAAGCGACUGUGUUGAGCUGGCUGGAUUAUAG